UGCACGUUUAAUUUUUCUAGCACUUUUGCAUUUUUUAAGUUCAUUAAUCAUGCGCUGUUAUUUAAGUGUAAAAACACAGGUGUGAUUCUGCAGGAUGGAGGACAAGUACAUAUCCAGGGAACUGACAUACAUACAUAUAUAUAUAAAUAACUUAAGCCAAAAUUACAAGGACCGUAUAAGUUAACAGAUCUUACUGCUCACCUGAACCUUCUCACGUACCCAAAGGUCAGUUUUACUUUUUUCACAAUUUGUCCAAGAGCCCAAGGCGUGCAAUCCAGUGACGUGAGCGUAGGCUCCAGCGGCGCUGAGGAGCGCAGGACCCCAGGCGGUCCCCGCGGGGCGUUGGUGGGUAUUGAAUCCCCUAGCCCGGGUUGCUAAGGCAGGCGCAGUCUCCCGCCCCGCGCCAGUGCAGGCACUGCAGUCGGGGUCCGCAGCGCCGUAGGUAAUGGAGCACCUGCCGCGGGGCAUCAUGGGGUGUGUAGUCCCGGCCCUCAGGGCAGUGUGGGUAGCGCUGGCUGGAGCUAGCCGGACGCUCGCCGCGCGCUGGCCGUCCUUCCCGCCCGUGGUGAGCGAGCCAGCCCCCGGCUGCCGGCUUCUCGAGCAGAAGGCCAGCUCUGCCUCUGCAGCUUGACUCUGUCUAGGAAGAGCGCUCAGCACACCAGGAAUAUGGUCCCGGGGCUCCUGACGACAAGAGAUGAGGCAUUCAUGGCCUUCAGGGAUGUGGCUGUGGCCUUCACCCAGAACGAGUGGCAACUGCUGAGUCCUGCUCAGAGGACCCUGUAUCGGGAGGUAAUGCUGGAGAACUACAGCCACUUGGUGUCUCUGGUAGGCGUUGCCUUUUCCAAACCAAAACUCAUCACACAACUGGAGGAAGGGGAUGAGCCCUGGAGAGAGGAGAGUGAAUGUCUUCUGGGCGUUUGUCCAGAAACAAGAACAGAACUCCAGCCAUGUCCUUCCUGCCCAGUGGCCUUUUCCAGUCCACAGUUUCUCAGACCAUCUGUGCUGUGCAGUCAGCCCUCUCAAGUCUUCCCAAGCUCUUCUGUGGGGAAAUACUUCCCACUAGAGGCUCCAGACUGCAUGAGUGAGAAGGCCGAAGAUGGGGAGAGAAAAGCCUCUGGCACUGUGUUGCUGAGGCUGCAGCCAAGUGGGACUUCCAGGAUGCUCUUCAGCCUGUCUCAGGGUCAGCGGGUAGAUCGGGUGGAAGGCAGCGUUCAUGGAGGACUGGAGCAGGGCAUGAGCGCUGAGGAGGCAGACAUGUCCGGUGCUGGAGCAGCCGCCCACGGGAGCUGUAGACUAGGACUUGGCAGGACAUCCUGCCUCUUUGGCCUGCAGACGCAUCAUGAGUGCCCUGAAUGCGGCAGAGGCUUCUGCCAGAGGUCGGACCUCACCAAGCACCAGAAGACGCACUCAGGGGAGAAGGCUUAUAGUUGUGGGGAAUGUGGGCGAGGCUUUCAACAAAAGAUCGCCCUCAUCUUGCACCAGAGGACACACUUGGAGGAGACGUCCUUCAUGUGUCCCGAGUGUGGGAGAGGCUUUUGCCAAAAGGCAUCGCUCCUCCAGCCCCGGAGCUCACAUUCAGGGGAGAGGCCCUUCCUGUGCCCAGAGUGUGGGUGCAGCUUCAGGCACCAGUUGCUGCUCCUCAAUCACCAGGUCACACACUCAGGGGAGAAGCCUUAUGUCUGUGCCGAGUGUGGGCGUGGCUUUCGCCAGAAGGUCACCCUCAUCAGACACCAGAGGACGCACACAGGGGAAAGGCCUUACCUGUGCCCCGAGUGUGGGCGUGGCUUUCGCCAGAAGGUCUCCCUCAUCAGACACCAGAGGACACACACAGGGGAGAGGCCUUAUGUCUGUGCCGAGUGUGGGCAUGGCUUUAGCCAGAAAGUCAACCUCAUCAGACACCAGAGGACGCACACAGGGGAGAGGCCUUACCUGUGCCCCGAGUGUGGCUGCACCUUUGGCUUCAAGUCACUCCUCACCAGACACCAGAGGACUCACUCAGUGGUGGCGACUGAUGUGCAUGGAGUGUGUGAGCAGGGACUUGGCCAGAAGUCCCACCUUGCCUCUGACCAGAGGACACACUCAGGAGGGAAGCCAUGUGUGUGUGGUGAGUGUGGGCGCAGCUUUGGCUUCAACUCAGCCCUCAUCAGACACCAGCGCACCCAUUCGGGGGAGAAGCCAUAUGUGUGCAGAGAGUGUGGCCGUGGCUUUAGCCAGAAGUCUCACCUCCACAGGCAUAGGAGGACCAAGUCUGGCCAUCAUCUCCUGCCACAAGAGCUGUUCUGACCUUUCCUUUCCUCUCCUGGGGUGUGAAGAUGACAGAAAUUGCUUGGAAACAUUCUGCUUUCCUCAGAUGCAGUGGAGCAAAAAAUAUAUUGCAUUCUUUCAGUGAUCAUAAAAUCAUUGAUUUAUGGUU